AAUUUAUAAUCGCAGCUGGUAGAAGCAGCAGAAAAGGUUUCAUUGAAAAUGGCAGCCAAGCGCGAUCUGGACGUGUAUGUGAAAUUGCCCACAGGAAGAAACAGCCAGUAUUACUUGGAGCCGACAGCCACCAUUCGCACUGUCUGUGAGCGCGUCGCUCGAGAGGAGCAAGUGGCGGAAGAGCUGGUCAGGAUAAAAUACCAAGGGAAAAUCCUCAAUAAGUCUCUUUCUCUGGCCUAUCUGGGAGUUCGGGCAGAGACUAUCCUGAAGGCAGAGAUCGUCACCCCACAGCUGUUGAACCUGGUGGUACAGUUCCCGGAUGGUCGCACGGAGGAGUACGCAAUGCAAAAUACGAAGAGUUUUCGUCAUCUGCAAGACAAAAUAGCGGAAGCGGAGUGUGCGUCGCUUGCCAAUGUCGUGCUCAAGAGUGAAGGGAGACAACUCGCUGGCGUCAGUUUGAUGGAUGUGGGUGUCAGGGAUGGCUCUGUUAUCUGCGUGGAAAUAAAAGAAGUCAACUCAGAAAUAUCAGAGGGCGCCACAUCGUUGUCAGAGGCACUGGAUCCGAAACAGCUGUGUGAGAUCAUGAGUAGUUUCGACAAUGGAGGCCGCCGGGUUGAGGUCGUAUUUUCUUUCGAUACGACUGGAAGCAUGUACGGCUGUUUAAACGAGGUACGACAGAAGCUGCGAGAGACGUGUUCGCGCCUCCUCACCGACAUACCGUCCAUUAGGAUCGGCCUCAUGGCUCACGGAGACUACUGCGACCACGAGUACCAAUACGUUCUGCGUUCAAUUGAUUUGACGGCCGAGGUUCAGAGACUGGUCAGUUUCGCCAAGGAUGUACCGCAAACAGGCGGAGGGGACGCUCCCGAGUGCUAUGAGUGGGUACUCCGCAAGGCCCAGCAACUGGACUGGUCUGAGGACUCGGCCAAGGCACUGGUGGUCAUCGGAGACGCUGAGCCCCACCCCCCAUCCUACACUGACCAGAACAUCAACUGGAGGGACGAACUGGACCUGCUGACCGGCAUGGGCGUGAAGGUGUAUGGAGUGAACGCAGGCCGUACAGGACAUGCCGUGCAUUUCUAUAAAGAACUUGCCGAGAGGUCCGGAGGCUGCUUUUUGGAGCUCCGACACUUGGACGUCAUCACAGAUAUGUUUCUAGCAGUAUGUUACCGGGAAUCCAAUGACGACCAGCUGGACGCCUUUGAGCGAGAGAUUGAAGAGAAAGGUGAAAUGACGGAGGAUAAGAAAGAAAUGUUCAAACAACUGGAGGAAAAAUCGUCACCCGAGACGGAAGCUAAAACAAAAGAUAACUACGUGCCUGAAGCCUGGUGGGAUUUAACCCGUGACACAGGACCGCCCCAGUACUCCUACCUUGCGGACAGUGAUCAGUGGGUUGACUACGAAGCCCCUGCGUCCAGCUGUAUGCCGACUUUUGUCUCAGCACCAGCCCUGUCAUCGACUGGAUCCAAGAAGAAGUACAAACGAAAGAAGGCUUGCGUUGUCAUGUGAACUGAGCUUCCAUGUGUUUUCAUCGUCACUUGUGUUGCCAGCACAGUGUCAUCAACUCAUCACAUAUAUCACACUCGCGUCACACGUGAUUCUAGAAAUUGUUUCUAGUCCAACAAAUCCGGCUCAUAUUUGACAGCUGACUACAUGUGAUUUUGACGUGAGUGCUGACCUCCGCUUGAUACGCU